AUGGCUUUCUUACUAAAAGGCAAGAAAGAAGAUUCAAUUGCUCUCGCGAAACAAUUCGGCGUAUCUGUUGAAUCCGACUUGACGAAACCCAAAAUUAAAGAUCUGAUUUUGAAAAGCGAAGAUUAUGAUGAGGAAGAUGCCAAAGUGAUGUUAGAUAGUAUCAUCGAGGACAGACAUCUAGCAGAAGUAGAAAAACAAAACGAAAGAGAAGAGCGAUUGCGGAAGGAGGAACGUGAGCACGAACUUGAGAAGUUGAGAAUCCAAGCUAAAAGAAAUGUUGGUCAUGGAAACUCGGCAGAUACUUCAAUAACGAAUAAGGCUUCGCAAGAGAUGUUCCACCGAUUCAACAUGAAAGAUGACAUAAGUUUAAAUUUAACGCUAUUUGAGCACCAUGCCAAUUUGGCGUUAUUGCCAAAAGAGCAAUGGGUCCAGAAGCUACUAGGAUUAAUUCCUCUGGAGAUUGCUCAUUUAAUUGCUCGAGAACCUGAGGAAAAAUCGAACGAUUACGAACAUGUGAAGAAUCUGUUGUUACAGAGAUUCAAGUUGUCACCGGAGAAACUUCGACAGUUGUUUGUUUCACAUCAAAAAGCUCCUGAGAAAACAUGGCAAGAUUUCUAUCAUGAAUUGCAGACUUAUUUUGAUGGAUGGGUAACAGGGCUGAAAAUAGACACCUACGAGAAGUUACGUGAACUUAUUAUCGCUGACCAGAUGAAACGGAAGGCACCACCAGAGUUACAGAAUCACUUUCUUGAUGAGUGGUCAUCCAUAAAUUCACCUGCUGAUGUGGCGAGAAAAUUCGAGCAAUAUGACGAUGUCAGGAGGACAUUGAAACCAAAAGCAUCAGAUCUAUUCUUCAGAAGGAAAGAUGAAGUUCAAGGAGCAAAUAAAUUUCAGAAUUACCCACGAAGACCAGCGAAUUUCCGGGAUGGAAAUAACAAGUUCGAGAAGAGACGUUUGCAGCUAAAUAGAAACUCAUGCGUCGAGAAGAAUAAACCAUGGAGACCUGUGAAUUGUUGUUACUGCCAGACACUAGGACAUUUUGGCGUAGAUUGUCCACGACGACCCAAAAAUACGAAAAGUAAUAAGCCUUUGGAGCCUAUUGUACAAGUUUGCUCUGAACUUUCAAGAGAGAAAAUGAGAACAAGAAAAGUAGCUUUAAGAAGCAAAACUUUCUAUGCAUUAAUCGACACUGGUAGUUCAGUCACACUCCUCCGAGAAGAUAUUUGCAAACAAAUCAUCAAACCUUCAGAACUCUCAAGAGAAACGAUUAUAUUAUCUGGUUUAGGAAAAUCACAAGUCAAAACAAAAGGGUCAUUUCGGCAAGAUAUCGAAUUAGAUGGACAAAAAUAUUCUCUGACAUGGCAUGUGGUGCCUACGUCAUAUUUAGAUUUUCAGGCAAUUAUUGGUUCAGACAUCUUAGAACAAGCCUCACUUGACUUCGCCAAAGAAGGUGUUAAAUUUCGAAGAAGAGAAGACGUAGAAAUAUUUUCCAUGCAUGCACAGCUAUAUGAGGCAAGACCAAAAGAUGAAAUCGAAAUAGAGCACAUUUCUAGUCCAGAAGUAAGAAAAGAAUUAUCGGAGCUAAUUUCCAGUUACAAACCAGAAAAAACUGAAAGUAUGAAUGUAUCCAUGAGAAUUAUUUUAAAGGACGAUAUUCCAGUCUACCAACCUGCAAGAAGACUCUCAUUUCCAGAGAAUCAAGCAGUGAAUAAACAAAUCGACGAAUGGUUAGAACAAGGGAUAAUCAGAACCAGCUCAUCUGAGUACGCGAGUCCAAUCGUAUUAGUAAAGAAAAAAGAUGGUACUAAUAGGUUAUGCAUCGAUUAUAGAAAAUUAAACAAAAAGCUCAUCAAAGAUCGUUUCCAAUUGCCGUUAAUAGAAGACGUUUUGAAUAAACUCCAAGAAGCUAAAGUAUACACUACCCUUGAUUUAAGAAACGGAUUUUUUCAUGUCGACGUAAACGAAAACUGUAAACACUUCACGUCUUUUGUAGUUCCUGAUGGACAAUUCGAAUUCAACAAGGUACCUUUUGGUCUGAGUACCAGUCCUAGCGUGUUCCAGAGGUAUGUGUACAGUGUUUUCCGAGAACUUAUGUGUAAAGGCAUUGUGAUAAUUUACAUGGACGACUUAAUAAUUCCAGCUAAAGACGAAAAUUGA